ACAGACACCUAAUCUGCCUUAUGCUUCCUUGCAUAGUACUGGUUGGUUUUGUGGCCAUGUGUUGUCUUAACAAAAAAAUGUUUUUAGUUUUAUAGUGACAAAUCUUGUGUUUCACGUUCCAAGAAAGUGAAAAUCCUAGAGCAUAACUUGUGUCGAAACAGGGAGGAGUACAUCGGGAGGGGCAACAUUAAGAGCAGCGUUAAUGUUGUGGCUGAUCGGUGCAUGGGGGGGGUGAGUAGGCAAAUAUGAACAGAUCUUUGCAUGUUCGGACGGUGUUCGGAUUAAGGAAGAGAGCAAGUUUCUACUGAAAUCAAAAGUGAAAGUUUUGGACGAGGACUAAAGGGGAGAGGAGGAGAGGAUUGGCAGUCGGCGAACAAGACGACAAAGGAAAUCUCUCUCACCUGGAUCACAGCGAACACACUAAGAUGCAAUGCCACCGAGAUCAAGAAGAAUUCGUCCUUCGGCUUCGUGGCAGUUUGCCCAAAGUGUGUGCCGCGGUGCUGGUUGUCAUGACAGUGGGAGGCGUCAAGUUUGUGUCUCCUGAAAGGUUAUUUGGCUGGGUUGCUAUGGUAAUACUCAUCCUGACCCUUGGGCCUCUGCUACACGGGCUCUGUCUACUCGCAGAGGAGAUGUUGUACCAUUCAAACACAAGGUAUCGAGGUCAAGGGCUGUUGAGCCACAUGCUGCCGGCCUGUGGUUUGGGAGGACAGACUCUGCUGGCUGCGGUGUUGGCAGGCCUUCUGCUCUACCUGGCUGGAAAUCCGCUGCUAGACGAAGGCCAAUGCUGGAAACUCGUCUUCCUGGUGUCGGCUCUGUAUGCGCUGUUUAAAAGCCUGGGGGUCCUGGGUCCGUCGGAGGUGGAGGUGUCAGACAUCUGCGAGACGAGGAAGAUGAACGUGGCCCACGGCCUGGCCUGGUCCUUCUACCUGGGUUACUUGCGAUUGGUGCUGCCACGUUUAGAGGAUUCCAUCAGAUCAUUCCAUGCCGACCAUAAGGCCAGCAGUCCCCGCUGGGGUCGUGGCUCCAGGAAACUCCUAAUCCUCAUUCCCCUCGACUCCAAAGUCUCCCACAAGAUAGAAGAUGAGGACGACAACAUCCAUUUUUAUGACAAUCUCCCAAACAAUGAGAUAGACAGGGCAGGGGUCCGGGGCCGGGUCUACAAACACAGCGUCUACAGAGUACGGGGCGAGCACGGGAAGGCCCAUUUGUGUGUGGUGGAGUACGCCACGCCUUUGCUGACGCUCUACAACAUGUCCCACGAGAGCAGUGCGGGUUUCGGGGAGCCUGAGCGCAGGCAGCAGGUCCUGCUCUUCUACAGGACCCUGCGAGACAUCCUGGAGAACUCGCUGCAGUGUCGAAACCGCUACAAACUCAUCCUGCUCAAUGACGAGCGUGAGGACGACCCUCACUUCCUGUCCAAGGUCAUCCUCAGACACCUGCUGCAGCAGGAGAAGGAAGAGUUCUGCCUCACGCCACCUCCUCAACAGGAGACGGUUCACCCAUCGGCGAGCACUUCAACUGUCCAGCCAAGUGCUUCGUGCUUAACCGGUGACCGGGGCCACCCAGAGCCAAUGAGCCGGGAGCCCACGCUCAUGAUCAGCAUGGAGAAGCCUCUACCUCUGAGGGCACCUGUUGAGAACACCGACUAUUACUAUAGAUCAACAUGAACACAAGCUGAUAAACACAAACAUGCAAUCCAACAACCACCAUAUUCCAUCUCUGUCAUACUAUACUGUUCUUAUAACAGUUUUAAAGAUCUCUGAAUUCUAAUCUGAAAAUAAUAAAGACACAUAAACAUUCGGUCAAAGGAA